AGCACCUACAAAAACAACAACAACACGGAAGUCUGUAAAUGUAAAUAGACGGAACUUGCUGCAGAGACAGCUAAAAAACACAACAAAUUGAAAUUCUCAAACAUCAAAAGUAAGCCGAGGAAAGAAAGCCAGCCGCUGGUCAAUUAAAUGCGCAUCAAAAUGAAUUGUGAAGUGCAGGAGCAGCAAAAACAUCAGUCACAGCAGCAGCAACAACAACACGGCAGCAGCAGCAACAAGUUGCCAGUGAGAAAGCAGGAGAGCUGCUCCGACGAUGAUGAGAGUCCCAGCCGGACGACGGAGCGCCAGAAUCUGGAGUUUGCCAAGAAGCUGGGCUACAGCGAACAGUCGAUCCACUCUGCCUUAACUCGACUGGGCUCGGAGGCCAAGCAGAAUGAACUGCUCGCAGAGCUAAUAAAGCUGACUGCGGAUGCACCCCGACCCGCCCACAUCGUUGGUGGUCAUCCUGUGUCCAAUUGCGCCAGCAACUCCCCUCAGUCCUCCUCCGCCCUGCGUCACAUCGUCAUCGAUGGCAGCAAUGUUGCCUUGUCACAUGGCAACAACCUGAUCUUCUCCUGCCGCGGCAUUCGCAUCUGCGUGGACUGGUUCCGGCAGCGGGGACAUCGCGAGAUCACUGCAUUUGUUCCCAAUUGGCGUAAAGAGCUGGCCAACAACAACAUCGCCGACCAAGAGGUGCUCUACGAAUUGGAGCACGAACGAUUUUUGGUGUUCACGCCAUCGCGACAUUUGGACGGUAAACGGGUGUCCUGCUACGAUGACCGGUUCAUACUUAAGCUGGCCGUGGAAACUGAUGGCAUUGUAGUGUCCAACGACAAUUACAGGGAUCUAAUCCUGGAGAGCAACGAGUUUCGACGUGUGGUGCAGGAGCGCCUGCUGAUGUACUCGUUUGUCAAUGAUAUCUUCAUGCCACCGGACGAUCCGCUGGGCAGAUCGGGUCCCAAUCUGGAUCUGUUUCUGUGCUCGCAAACGCAACAGAAGAUGGCGGAUGCCCAGCAGCUGUGUCCUUAUGGCAAGAAGUGCACCUACGGGCAAAAGUGCAAGUUCCGGCAUCACAAUCAGGGUCCGCUGCUGCAGCGCCUGCCACUCCAGGCCUCCCACAGUGCUCCCCUGCACACAAAUGGUGGGCAGCAGGUGAUCAGUCCAGGUGGAAAUAACAAUAGCACUGUCAAGAUCAAUUCACUGAUUAGCCGAGAGCCAUUGGGGCGCACCAAGUCCAACACAAUCGAGCAGGUGUGCCAGGGGUUCUCGGCCCAAAUGGAGCUGACCGACGGGUCUAUGGAAUCCAGUCAGCCAAAUCGCCACAAGAAGCUGCAGCGCCAACAGCCGCCGCCCGCCUUUCGCCUCCUGGUGCCCACAUACAGCGCUCCGCUUCAGCAGCAACAGGUUCAUCACCAGCACCAACAGUCCAACUCCAGUUCUAACUAUCACCAUCAGUAUCUGACGCGCACGCCAUCUGCCCCGGUCACGGAUCAGGGAUUGGGUCUGCCACUGCCCGCUCACAACUUCGCCCAUCUGUCCGCCUCCGAUUCGCGAAUAAACGAGGAACUGCACGCCUCCCAGCAACUGCCGCGAGAGGAGCAGCGGCGAUUGCUCCGUUAUCACUUGGGUAGCCUGUUUCCACCGCACCAAGUGCACGCCGUACUGCAACUUUACCCGGAGGAGACCGACGCUAAGGCCAUCUGCGCAGCUAUACUUAAUUUAUUUCCGCAUAAUUAGGCUAGGCUUAAAUUUCAUCAAUAUACUUAGAUGUAUAAUUA